AUGGAUUCAGCAUCUGUGAGGAGCAAAGUCCCUUCUUUCCUCUCUGACCUGGGCAAGGCCACUCUCCGUGGCAUCAGGAAAUGUCCCCGCUGCGGCACCUACAACGGCACCCGGGGUUUGAGCUGCAAGAACAAAACCUGCGGCACGGUUUUCCGCCAUGGCACACGCCGGCAGCCCGGCCUCGACGCCGUCAAACUCAUCACCGGCUCCGAUUUACAGGUGUAUUCGGUGAGACAAAGGGAGAGGGGACCUGAUUACCGGUGUUUUGUGGAGCUGGGGGUUUCAGAGACGACCAUCCCAACGGCAGAUGGGACCAUCCUCACUCAGCUCAGCUCCGGCCGCUGCUCCGUCCCCUCCUGCCUCAGAGCAGCCGCUCAGGUUUUUGCCGCUCAGGGCGCGGUGGAGAAUCGCUGCCAGCACAUCAAACUGGCUUUGGGUUGUCAAACUGAAGCCACCCCGCUCACUUUAAAAAGCUCAGUGCUCCACGCCAUGCAGGCUUCUCCUGACACCAAACAAACCAUCUGGCAACUGGCCACCGAGCCCACGGGGCCACUGGUUCAGCGCGUCACCAAGACCGUCCUGGUGGUGAAAUGCCCGGCCAGCCCUAAGCACCGCCUGGGUUACCGGCACGCCUCCUUCGCCCAGCGAGCCAGCGCCAAAACACCCCCUGAGCAUCGCUUCUCCUGCUCCUGCCAAGCCCUGAAGCCCAGCAGAGGUGUCCUGGCCGAGGAGGAGGAGGAGGAGGAAGCGACGCCGACGC